UCCCGCCCCUCCCCGCCUGACUCCUCCACUUUCAGCUUCACGGACCCGGCCGUGUCCAUGGACCUGCUGCGAGCUGUCCUGCAGCCCAGCAUCAACGAGGAGAUCCGGGGCGUCUUCAACAAGUACAUGAAGUUUUUCCAGAAGGCAGCGAUCAACGUGCGCGAUAAUGUCGGGGAGGAGGUGGACCCAGAGCAGCUCAUCCAGGAGACGUGUCGGAGCUGCCUGGAGCAGGCCAAGCUGCUGUUCUCCGAUGGCAAAAAGGUUGUUCCCAGGUUGCCCCAUGAGCAGGCAGUACCAAAGCGUGCCCGACAGAUGGAGGAGGAGCUGAACCGUCGAGGGAGCCCCAUUCCCAAAAAGAGAAAGGGGCGACCUCCAGGACAGAGCCUGUCGAACGAUCGCGGGGUCUCGGGCAUGGCUGCGUGGAAGCUCAAAGUCUCUGAGCCCGUGAGAAGGGAUGGACCAAAGUGGGAUCCAUCCCGACUGACUGAAACCACAACCUUUGUGCUGGGAUCUCGAGCAAACAAAGCUCUCGGGAUGGGAGGAACAAGAGUCUCGGUAGGAAGCAGAGCGAGGCGCCUGCUGCAUCUCUUCAGCUUGGCUGCCCUGCGCCCCGGCAGCCUGCAGCCCCCCACGCUGAGCUGGGCGCUGCCCGUCCCCCCUCCCAGCGGCUGGGCCCGCGCCUGGCGCCGGGGAGGAGCCCAGGGGCCAGCAGAAGCGGCAACUGACGUGUCGGGGCACCGGGAGGGCAGCAGAAGUGAGAAGGGGAAGCCACGUGUGCCGUGGCAGCGCUUUCCCCUCCUGCGCCCCAGCCGCUGCGGGGACAGAGCCGGCCCCCAGUGCCCCCCUGGGCGUGGAGCGUCCCAGGAGCCAGACUCCAGGGGCCAGAGCGAAGCUGUUCACCAGGUGGAUUUAUUUACGGCGGGUGAAGGGCAGCCGAUGGCAGUGUGA